AUGCUAGCCUCGGCCCAGUACUUCUCCCCCAACUCGCGGGGCGCCAAUUUUGGGCAGCUCAACUCGAUCGUGGAGGACUCCGUGUCGCCGUCCUUUUACAACAACACGUUCAGCCCACAGCACCUGCGCCAUGGCAGCGUCAGCAUCCCACCGCCGCUGAACUCGUACCUCCUGCAGCACCUCUUGUCGCCGCAGCAAAACACCUACGACAGCUCGUUCGACACUCUCAAACUGCCGUACUCCGGCUCCUACCUCAACUCGCCGCCUCCGGCCAUGUCCUUGUCCCAAAGCAGCGGUACCAACGCGACGCUGUCAUACGUGCCGCCGGCAAGCAUGCAUCUGCCCAACACCCAGCAUUGUGCCACGGGACCCUCCAGUGUGGGGGCGCUCCCAAACAACCAGGUCCGCAAAGUACUGGAGCAGUCUGCCACGCCAAAGCAGUUGACCCUGGAGGAAAAGGCCAAGCGCCGGCGCGAAUUCCACAACGCGGUCGAAAGACGCAGACGGGACUUGAUCAAGGAGAAGAUCAAGGUCUUGGGGUUCCUUGUUCCGCCAUCGCUCCUCACGCCGCAGGUGUGCGCCGUCCAGACGCUCCUGAAGAGUCCAGCUCUGAACUCGAAAGAAAUCAAGGAGUUGCUUUCUACAGUGAGAAUCAAGGACACGAAGCCCAACAAGGCUUUCAUCUUGCAGACCUCAGUGGACUACAUACGGCAUUUGCAAUACGUGGUGGAUAGGCAGACUGCUCGCAGGGGAGAGCUAGAGGCCGCAAUUUCCAAGCUCAGCACAUCGCAUGAACCGGCGAGAGAGGAGCAAAGAGAUCCUAGCGUCAAACUUGAACAGACGUUCCUGCUGUCUGAGUUUGAUCCGGAUGAGUUUUUCUCGGCCGACAUUUGA